UUUUGAUUACAUUUGGAGUGACAAAACCUAACGGUGUUCUUACAAAAGAAUAUUUCUGUCUUUUCUCCGUCUAUUUUCUGGAAACAGAAUUAUGUGCUGGUGGUAUGAUAAACUAAAUUUCUUUUGUAACUUCAACUGGUGAGAUUACUGACAAGCAUAAUGGAAUAGAGCAGAAGACUUGAUGGGCCAAAUGGCCUAAUUCUGCUCCUAUGUCUUAUGGUCUUAUUUAUUUUCCUCUCAACCUCAUUUCCCUGCUUUUUGCCUGUAACCUUUUACACCCUUCCUAAUAAACACGCUAUCAACUCUUGUUUAAAAUAUACCCACUGACUUGUCUCAACAGAGGUCUGCAGCAGUUAUUUCCACAGAUUCAAUACCCUCAGAAUAAAGAAAUUCCUCACUUUUGCUCUAAAGGGACAUCCUUUUAUUCUGAGGCUGUACCCUCGGGUCCUAGAUUGUCCCCGCCAGCCAAUACUGUCAUCACUGUCUUGUAUGGAGGGGGCGGGGGUACUACACAAAAUCAAAAUAAGCUGCAGAGAGUUGCAAACUUCCUCAGCUCCAUCACGAGUAUCAGCCUCUGUAGUAUCCUGGACAUCUUCAACGAGCGACGCCACAGAAAGGCGGUAUCCAUCAUUAAGGACCCAUCACCCAGGACAUGUCCUCUUCUCAUUGCUACCAUUAAAAAGAGGUACAGGAUCCCGAAGGUACACGUUCGAUGAUUCAGGAACAGCCACUUCCUCAAUCCCAUAUGAUUUCUGAAUGGACAAUGAACCCAUGAACUAUCUCACUACUUUUUUAAAAUUUUUACUUUUGCAAUACUUAUUUAGCGACAUUUAUCUAUUUUAUAGCAGUACUGAAUUCCACUCUACCGAUUACACAACCACCCUCCAUUCUCCAGCCUUCUUUCGAUACAAAUCUCCGUCGCUCUUUGUAGUAGCGCCCCUAGCAGGAAGAAAUAAUUACUGCCUGACUAGCUUAUAAAUGCAAUUGUUUAAAAUUCAGUAUAAUUAGAAAAUGGGAACUAGAUUAACUUUCUUAGCGUUUAUACACAUAGCUAUUGGCGCUUGGUGUUUGCCCUUUAUUAAAUCGACACACUAUUUUGUAAACAUCAGUGUUUUCUUGGUCUUGUUUUACCUUGUUGUACAAUCUCCUUAUGCACACAUGUGAAAGGAUGUUUAAGAACUGAUAACACAAAAGAACCGCACUUCCAGAAGUUGGAGGGCAGAAUACAAACCGGACGUGAGUGCAGAGUCAGCGGCUGGACGGCCUCUCGCAGCAGACGUGCUCCAUUCCUACUUCCGUGCUCUUUGCUACGUGAGCUCCGAGAAGGCGACGCCCGAGGUUCGGCUGGCCGGCAGUUUAUUAGCGGGCUGGCUGCUGCUCCGUGUGCAAGCUGUGCAGACACUCGCAGGACGAGCUGAUUAUUAUAACUUGAAAAUGGCCGUCUCAAGAUCUGUAGUAUCUCUGUUCAUGUUUUUGUGUGGCCUGGGAUUAGGAUUUCUCAUCUGCUACUUCAUGAUCAAAGUAAUAAACACAAAGCAGCAGCAGCACAAGCAUUUGCUCUUCAACGAUCCACACGGACACUUAGAAGAACUUGACCACCAUCAACACCACCAUCUUAAAGGAGAGAUGAACUUCAAUGCUGACAUCAGUCAACAUAAAGAUGAAAACAGAAGUGUUGCUGAUGAUCUAUAUAAGAGAGUGCGAAUCCUUUGUUGGGUGAUGACUGGGCCCCAGAAUCUGGCAACAAAGACUAAACACGUCAAAGCCACCUGGGCAAAAAAAUGCAACGUUGUGCUUUACAUGAGUUCUGAAGAAGAUAAAGAUUUCCCCACAGUGGGAUUGGGUGUUAAAGAAGGAAGAGACCAGUUGUAUUGGAAAACUAUCAAAGCUUUUCAUUAUGUUUUUGAACAUCACUUGAAUGAAGCUGAUUGGUUCUUGAAAGCAGAUGAUGACACAUAUGUGAUUGUUGAAAAUCUGCGCUGGCUAUUAUCAAAGUAUUCGCCUGACCAGCCCAUAUUCUUUGGAAGAAAGUUUAAGCCAUUUGUUAAGCAAGGGUACAUGAGUGGUGGAGCUGGAUAUGUACUUAGCAAAGAAGCUGUGAAAAGGUUUGUUGAUGGCUUCAAGACUGGGAAAUGCAGUCAUUUUACAUCCACAGAAGACUUGGCCAUGGGCAGAUGUUUGGAAACUGUUAACGUCGAAGCUGGAGAUUCCAGGGACACAAAUAAAAGGGACACCUUUCAUCCUUUUCCACCAGAGCAUCAUUUGUCAAAAAGUUUUCUACCCAAAACAUUCUGGUACUGGAACUAUUGCUAUUACCCCACUGAAGAGGGUCCUGGAUGCUGUUCUGAUCUGGCAGUGUCGUUCCACUACAUUAACUCUAAAACCAUGUACUACUUAGAAUAUUUGACUUACCAUCUACGACCAUAUGGCUACAAGUAUAGGUAUAAUCCAGACUCUGAAGCAACAAAAUAGGAAAUUACAUAGAUUUCUGUAAAACUUGUGUUUAAAUGACACUGCAGGUGACAAAAUCGUCCAAAUCUGUGUGUUAGAAAUGAACAGUCGUCUAAAGUGUUCUCGAGAUUCCUCUUCAGGCAAGUUGCACUGGACAGUACAAGAUUUACAAGCCACAGAAGUAAUUCUGUGAAAAUUGAUGAAUUGAUCAACAUAAGGACAUCAGUUGAUUUUGUUUUUUUAUUUACUAUGGCCUUGAUUUAACUAGAAAGGUUUUUUAUCACUAUAAAUAACUUGUAGUUCCGUCAUGGUUUAGUGGGAAGAAUGUUGCCUUUCUUUUUGAUAUUUAAAUGUGGAUGAUAAGAGUAUUGUUCAUUUGUUUUGGUUUGCUGCGAUCUUUCAGCAACAGCUUGAAGACAUUUUAACUAGAUUCAAUUUUGCUCUAUGAGGAUGAAGAGAAAUACUGUUUAUGAUCUUGCUUAUGGGUACAAAGAUCAUUACACUUUCCUGGAGGCCUUUACCUAUAUGGAGUCACCCCCUUUACAGGUAGUUUAAUUCCCCACCCCCAGAAAAAUUGUAAAAUUGUAACAGUUACAGAAUUGUACCCUUAACAAGAUUCAAAGCAGAAGACUGAUAUCAGGAGAAUGAACAGUUUUGACAAUUGUACAGCAUUUCAAAGAUCAUCUUUGCAUGUGUAAUCAAAGGAAAUAAUAUACAUGGUUUAGUUUAAAUUUGGAAGUAAUCAUUGGGUGUAAAUAUGGAAUAAGAAUAUCAAAGUAAAUUUAACUUGGUACUGUAUGUGAAUUGGGAAGAAGUCUUAAACUACCCAUUCAAACAUUCAUUUCAUGCUAUUGAGCAAAAUCAAAAUGAAGACGUAAUUUACACACUGAAAACGUUUCUCAAUGUGAUUUUUAGUUUAAAUCCUCAAGCCUCUUCGCACACUCCAUGCUAGUUUAACCUUCCUGUUUGUCAAAUGCAUACCUGGAGUACUUCUGUUUUUUAAAAAAAAGUUUUUUUUGCUUCAAUUGUGUUUUGAAAGAAUGUUCAAAAUUUUAAUCACCUCUUUAUAAAAAUGUAUUAAUUUUUAAAUUUCCUUUAAUGGUUUGAAGCUCUUCCACUGUCAGUAACAAUCUGAAAUAAAACAAGAUCUGAUGGUCCAGUUCCUGUGAAACUUUGUAAAUGCCAGACUAGCAGGUUUUCUGUAUGUUGGU